GUUUUAUCAAAUUUAAUUUGUCAAAAAUUCCCUCAUAUAAAUAGUUUAAAACUUAACUGAGGUAGGUUAUUGUUGAUUCAGUAUUAAAUAGAAGAUUGAUCAAGGAACUUCUCCAUCUCGGUUGGAAUUGAAAUUAAAAAUUUCAAAAUGUCUAUCAUUAAAUUGUUCAUCCUUGUGGUGUGUGUUUUGGGAUGUACAAAUUCCCAGUUCGGUUUUUCAAAAAUGGUACCAAUACCAACACGGCCACCAGGAAGAGUACCAUUUGCACAGGCACCAGUACCAGUACCAGAUCCAACCCAAUUUAGCAUUUCCGAAUCAGCACCAAUACCACUACUGCCACCAGAAUUGGACCUCCUUAAUUUUCCAGCGGCAAUACCAGAAUUGCCAAUUCUUAUAAUGAGUAUGGAGCCAGUGGAUACAUUUGUCAAACAACUUCUUGAUAUAAUGACAAAAACAAUCUUGUUUUUGGAAUACAAUGGAGUCCCAACAAGAGAAAGUUAUCGCAAGAAUUACACAUCAGAAGAUGGCUCCUAUCAUGAAGAAGUUGGUAUACUUACAAAUCCAGACACUCCAAAGCAGGAACUUGUUGUUAUGGGUGCCGACAGUUACAAUGAUGGAGAGACUGAAACAACCACAAUGUAUACGACUGACAAGAAUGGAUACAAGCCUAGAGUACAAACAAAAAGACGUGGAAUAUCACCAAAACUACGUUCAAAUAUGGUUGGAUAAAUUAUUGAAUAAAUAAAAAUUAACUAAGCCAAUUUGGUUACAAUAA